AUGGCUGGUGCAUUUUGGGCGACGCGCGUGUUGGAGAAAGUGAAGAAGCAUGAUUCUGGAGGACUCCUUUGGAAGAGAAUCAAACUCACCACUACCCGUAAAGCCAAUGCCAAGAAGCGUCUUCUCCGUGUGUGGCAGAAUGAAGCUGUCCUCAAGGCAUGUUCUGAACCAGCUCCUUCAGUAAGUUCUUUUUCCGGCGCCAACAACGUUGCAAAGAUUGCAGAUACUACCAGAAUUGUAGUGAUGAGGAAUGAAGAAAUAAUGUCCUUUAUCUUGAAUACUCAAUGUGGUAGAGGACUUCAACAGAUAAGAAGCAACCCUUGUAGAGACUAA